AUGUCGUAUUUCCUUGUUAUUGUAGGUACAAAAGACAACCCGAUUUUUCAAGCAGAGUUUGGCACUCGUAAAGCAGGAGGAGAUGGUGUUGCACGGUUUCGGGAAGAGACUCGCCACCGCAACCAGUUUAUUGUGCAUGCAACACUUGACUUGGUUGAGGAGAUCCAAUGGGUAUCGCCAGCAAUGUACAUGAAAUCACUUGAUACAUUCCACCAAGCGAUGGUUUCUACAUUUCUUACUGCAGGAAAUAUAAAGUUCAUGUUGCUGCAUGAAAUUCGCAAUGAAGAUGGGAUCCGGCACUUUUUUCAGGAGGUCUAUGAUAUGUAUACAAAGUGUUUGAUGAAUCCUUUUUAUGAGGUUGACAUGCCAAUUACAUCUUUUGCAUUUGAGCAAAAGGUGAAAAUGAUUGCAAAAAAAUACCUGUGA